UUAUGGUUCACGGGUUUGGAUUUUGGUUUUUGUUUUGUUUUGUUUUGUUUUUUUUCUUUUUAAUUUCUCUGAUGAAAAACUGAGGUCCAAAGAGCAACUGAGUUUCUUGAUUAGGUCUCUGGAGAGGGGGGACAGGUGUGUGAAUGAGCAGGUGACAAAGGGUGCUGGAGGGAGGCUGGCCUUUUCCAGGACCGCCUCCCCUGGGUGCUCUGCUACCCAGCAGGGACUGCUUCCUGCCCACCCUGCUCCCUGUACUUCCUGCUUGAUCCCCUUCGCUUUCCUCUCUAUGGGCCCCAGAAGACAGCACCUGUAAUAGCACCUUACCCCUCUGCCACCUGGCUACAACCCUGGACUGCUGUAAGUGUGGACAUUCCUGCAGCAGAGAGAGCAUCAUGGUGGCUUUCAAAGGAGUCUGGACUCAGGCUUUCUGGAAGGCAGUCACAGCAGAAUUUCUAGCCAUGCUUAUCUUUGUUUUGCUCAGUGUGGGAUCCACCAUAAACUGGGGCGGCUCAGAAAACCCCUUACCUGUGGACAUGGUCCUCAUCUCCCUUUGCUUUGGACUCAGCAUUGCUACCAUGGUGCAGUGCUUUGGCCACAUCAGUGGUGGCCACAUCAAUCCCGCUGUGACGGUGGCCAUGGUGUGCACACGAAAGAUCAGCAUCGCCAAGUCCGUCUUCUACAUCAUUGCCCAGUGCCUGGGCGCCAUCAUUGGAGCCGGCAUCCUCUACCUGGUCACGCCUCCCAGCGUGGUUGGAGGAUUGGGAGUCACCACGGUUCAUGGAAACCUCACCGCUGGCCACGGGCUCCUGGUGGAGUUAAUAAUCACUUUCCAGUUGGUGUUCACUAUUUUUGCCAGCUGUGAUUCCAAACGGACUGAUGUUACUGGUUCAAUAGCUUUAGCAAUUGGAUUUUCCGUUGCAAUUGGACAUUUGUUUGCAAUCAAUUAUACUGGAGCCAGCAUGAAUCCAGCUCGAUCUUUUGGACCCGCAGUUAUCAUGGGAAACUGGGAAAAUCACUGGAUAUAUUGGGUUGGACCAAUCAUGGGCGCUGUGCUGGCAGGUGCCCUUUAUGAGUAUGUCUUCUGUCCUGAUGUGGAGCUCAAACGUCGCCUUAAGGAAGCCUUCACCAAAGCCGCGCAGCAGACCAAAGGGAGCUACAUGGAGGUGGAGGACAACCGGAGCCAAGUGGAGACAGAAGACUUGAUCCUGAAGCCCGGGGUGGUGCACGUGAUUGACAUUGACCGUGGAGAGGAGAAGAAGGGGAAAGACUCUUCAGGAGAGGUAUUGUCUUCCGUAUGACUAGAGGACGGCACUGAAGGCAGAAGACACUCCCUAGACCUGGCCUCGGGUUUCCUGCCGCCCAUUAAGGAAACAGAUUUGUUAUAAAUUAGACUCUUGCGGGUUUCUUGUUUCCCAUCGUGUUAUGCAUUUUAAAUAACACCUACUUUACUAUUAUCAAUGGGGGGGGGAGAAAAAGCCUAUAAUGGAUAUAAAAUUUUAUAACAGAAAUCUUUUUUAAUGUAUCCCCAAAGCCACUAUGCAACUAGAAUAUUGACUUCCCUUUCAUUAAUAAUAACUGAAAUUAUGAAUCAAGAUCUGGUCAAGUUUUGCCGUGCAGAGCAUAUGGAAACCUCUCUGAGGAAACUGGUAUUGUCCAUUGUCUUGACUAUUGACUUCAUUGGAUUGAUUUAAAAAUGAAUCAUGUGCAUUCAGGAGAAGACGUGUAGUAACUUCUUCCACAAGCUAUCCCUUAUUUAUAAACUACCUCAGAGGGGAAAAAAAUUAGCAAGGGUCAUUGCUAAUACAACAUUUGCAUUUAUAUAUCUGACUGUCAGAUCGUAACUCCAAUUCACUAUAAUCCUCUCCCCCUCAAAAUCCAGGAACCCAUAGGGCUAAAAGUCAAAAUAUAGGAAGGAAUAUAAAUUUCUGUCCAUGUGUUAGUUUCAUCAAAUGAAAUCUGUACAUGGGACACUCACUGAGGUUCAGGACAGCCGGACGAGGGAGUCUGGCGGGAGGUGGAGCAAGGGUUGCUAUGCCUUGCAUCCAUCACACGGAGAGGGAAACCUCUGUUAUCAAAUGAUUGGUCUGUUUUCAGUGCACACUCUUCAACAUACCACAAACCAUUAACCACCUAAGCUUUUAACUAUUUCACUUACUUUUUAAAGCUUAUUUGCAAAACUGGGGAAUUUGUUUGCCAUUUUGAUCCCUAUAUUAAAAUACUAGCUGAGACAUUUUAGACCAGAACUUGACUAGCCGAGUCCUGCCUUUCGGUUGGUGUCUAAAUCCUGCUUACUCUAGGUGAUAUAAGCCAGUCCUGCCCCAUCUUAGCUGCUGAUGCCGUCUCGAGUCCCAUGACAUGUAUGGAGGAUCGGCAUUGUGAGUGUAAUAAUACUCAUUUGCGUGGAUUAAAAUAUAUGCAGACAAGGUGCAACGUGGUUGCCAAAUAAAGGGGUGAGCAGACAGCCUCUGUGCAAAGCUCCUGCACAUAGCUUACCAUCAUGCUUUUAAGGUAUUUACCUCCUGCUUGGUUUGUUUGUUAAAGCCGUUUGUUUCUCCCAUACUGCUUUGCCUUCCGCCCAUCGAAUGCUCUGUGGAAACCCCAGUUUCUACGAUCCUAACAGUCUAGCCUAGCAUUUAUCUUAGACAAUGUGCUGCAAAUGUCAGUUUCACUAAACAAAAGUUAGUAGUGGGAGAGAGAAGAGCCACUUCUUCGAGGACUAGCUUGUAAAGAGCUGGUAAUCGAGGGCUUUCUUCUCCCAAGCACAAUUCCAACUGUGUGUGACUUCUUAUUGUAAAUGGCAGUUUUGCGUCUGCGGCAGCGAGAUAAUGGACCACUAUUAAACCUGAUUCUCUUCGGUGCUAAGAAACUGAUGUGCGAGUUCCCAGACAGGCACGAGGGCAGCAUACGCCUUUCGGUGCCACCGUCGUGUUCUGAGGCAGAUGCUGGGAGCAUGGGCCCCAUUUCAGGGCUUUGAAUCUACCACACCAGAGAUGUAUGCUUCCUCUCUGAGCGGAUCGCGCAGAACCAGGGCGUAGACCUCCCAGGGGUGGUUUCUGCCGAUUCUUUCAAAUGUUUUCACAAUAUACCACACAGGCUUAAGGUCAGAGUGCUUCAGUUCAGAAGGUGAUAUCAACCAUCAACAAAUAUGUCGGGUCAAAAAUAAUUUUACUUAACAAGGAAUAGUUAAGCACAUUUCUGAUUACUCUUUCAAAAUCCUGGCCUGUGAUUAUUUUUAUUAUGCCAGACAGCUUGCUUCGUUUUUGCUCGCUUUAACAGUCAUUUCCAGUGACAGCAUUCAGUAUGGUACGAACUGAAAAACAGGGAAUCAUAGCUUAGUGAUUUCUUCGCUAGCAGCUGGCAAAGUGCAAGGCACCACACAGUAGGUAA